AUUACCAAAUUAACAAUCAUCCUAAUCCUAAUAAAAAAAAACCAUGUUAAUCACUAAUUAUGAGGUGCAAUAUACCCUUUAAAUAAUCAAGUAUUUUAUAGGAUAGAAAAACUAAAAUUGAUAAGACCAAUGACUGAGAAUACGACAACAACAAAAGAAAAUAAAAAGUAGUGGAUUCAUUACACACGUAUCUAUUGGUUUGGUUUUUGGUUUGGACUUAGGUUUUGGUUCGGAUACAGGUUUGGUUAUGUAGACUUUUGUGCAGAUAAGAACGACCCCUCUCUCUAUCUCUCUCAUCACUCUCUCUCACUCUCUCUCUACAAACCACAUUACCGCCUUCAACUCCUACAAGAAUCCAUUCCCUCUUUCACCUCCCCAAAACUCUCUCUCUCUCUCUCUCUCUCUCUCUCUCCAAUAGGCAACACACACAAUACCCACUUUCUCACAUUUAUCACAAAAAUACACAAAAUUUCAGUAACUCCAAUCAGUGUUAAUCAAAUGGCGUUCGAGAAUCAAGACACAGUCCGUGAAAUUAAGCCAAAAAACAGAAGAAUCAUGGGUGCUGGAGGACCAGAUGAUGAGGAAAAUAGAUGGCCACCAUGGUUAAAACCUCUGCUUAAAGAACGUUUCUUUGUUCAAUGCAAGUUGCAUGCUGAUUCACAUAAGAGUGAGUGUAAUAUGUAUUGUUUGGAUUGUAUGAAUGGUGCUCUUUGCUCUCUUUGCCUCAAUUAUCACAAAGAUCAUCGUGCUAUUCAGAUAAGGAGGUCUUCAUACCAUGAUGUGAUUAGGGUGAAUGAGAUUCAGAAGGUGUUGGACAUAUCAGGGGUUCAAACCUAUAUCAUCAACAGUGCAAGAGUUGUGUUCUUGAAUGAGAGGCCUCAGCCAAGGCCUGGUAAAGGUGUCACAAACACAUGUGAAGUCUGCGAGCGCAGCCUUCUUGAUUCCUUUCGAUUCUGUUCUCUUGGUUGCAAGAUUGUUGGAACUUCAAUGAAUUUCCAGAAGAAGAACAAGUUAGCUGCAAUGAUGUCAGACUCAGAGGAUUCAUACAGCAGCAGUUGCAGCCAUGGAAGACUGAAGAACAUCAAGGUGCAAAGCUUCACUCCUUCAACACCACCACCAACUUCAGUUAAUUACAGAACAGCCAAAAGAAGAAAGGGAAUUCCGCAUCGCGCACCAAUGGGAGGACUAGUCUUGCAAUACUAAUGAACAGUUAAUAAUUUUAGGUUAUUGCUAUAAUGCCCUUAAUGGAUUAAUGGAUUUGGCUCCCCUACUGUAGGUGAUUUUCCGUAUUCACGUAGUCAGAUUAUCAGUGGUCAUCGACCAACAUUGGAGGAUUCAUAUUCAAGCUCGUUUUUUUCUGAACUGUCCAAUCUUGGUCGAACUGUCACUGAUGUUCUGACUUUGUGAAUGCGAGAUCACCUUACCGAAGGGAAUCCGAGUUCUUACCCUUAUUAUAGAUACAAAAAAAAUUACUAGUAUGUGUCAAUCCGGCUUCAUCAGUUCCAAUGCUAGAGCUUUUUUGUGAAAAGGGCCAGUGUUGGAAGUGUUGGUGUUAAUAGUGUUUGUUUGUGUAUAUAGGAAAAAUCCAAUAGGAGUGGAAAAGGUUGAGAAAUUAGAAAAAUAAAACAUCUGUAAUAUACUAUAGUUUGAUAAAAAGGAAUGGUGUAGGAAAAUAAUCAAAAAGUUCCUUUGGACCAAAGUUAAAGAUGGUAAUGACAAUAGUAUAGGUUGGUUUUCUAGAGUAAUUAUGUAAGUUUUGGGGGUGUAAAUAGUUGGUGGAUUUAGUGAAAAAGGUGGGGGAGGUGACAAUGACAGUGUACUCUUUUACAAAUAUAGAUGAAUUAUCUGUAAUGUGAAACUGUGAAAUAAUAAUAAUGAUGAUAAAUUAUAUAA